AUUCCUUGUAAGUAGUUUUUAGGAGUGUAUUGAAGUGAUGCUUUUACUAAAAAAUUAACUAACUGUUCAAUAACAUCAAUUGUUUGUGGUGUUGCUAAUAAAGUUACGUUGUAAAAUUAUUUUAGUAGAUACAAUACAUAAAUAAAUAUCAUGAUAGAAAAAAAUGAAGAAAAUACUGACAAUGACAAUCAUCUUGUCAGAAUAAGAUUAAUAGCUAACAAAAGAACAUUUUUGGAGAAACAAUUUCUUCAGGUCCAAGAGGAAGUAAAAAUAUGUUUUGCUCAAUUGGCACAAACAUUGUAUGCUAGAGAAAAGCAACUUCUACGACAAUCAGAAGCAAUUUAUAGGCAACAAAUAUCUUUAGCAUUAUCCAGUCAGGAAAUUCUUCCUCCAUCUAUAGCAAUAUUAAAUAACAGACAUGCUUUGGAAGAACAAAUUAAACAAUUUGGCAGAAUAGAGCUCAUAGGAUCUAAUACAACAGCUGUAACUGAUUUAGAACCAUAUAAAAUAGAAGAAUAUCAAGAUAUAAAUAAAGAUUAUGUCUGCUUUGAUAAAUCUAUCAAGAAUACAGGAGUUAUUCCUUCUAAUACAAAAACUGAAUUUUCUUGUAUGACAGAAGAUGAAAACAUAGAUGAUGGUUCUACUGAAUUGAAAUCAUCUAAUAUAAUAAAUUUAUCAGGAAAUUCCAGUCAUAUUUCUGAUUUUCAAGAGAAGGAUUCUGAAAAAAGUGUUAACCAUUCUUCAAAAAUAGAUACAGAAUCAAAUAAAAAUGAUCUCAAUCUUCAGACUACUGAAGAUGCUAAUGACCAGGAAAUUGCAAAAAAUUAUAGGAAUUCAAGGAGUAAUAUCACAGAAGAACAACAUAAUUCUCAUAGACACACAGAGCAAGUUCAACAGUGGUUGGAUGAAAUACUUCUAGAGACAGAAAUAGAACCAACUAUUCAUGAAGUGGAAAAGUUACCUGAAAUAUCAGAUGCUUAUGUUUGUGCAAAGUUCCACUUAGAAACAUGAAAAUUGUAUUUAGCUAAGCAACUUGCUCAGCGUAUUGUUUUCACAAUAUAUUUAUCUUUAAUUUCUCAUAAGAUAGAAAAUCUCAAAUUGGGAACAAUUUUUUACUAUACUUGAUUACUUUGUGUUUCACCUUAUUUAUUUAUAUGUAUUAAUAAUAAUUAAUUACAAGAUGUUCUCUUUAGUAGCUAAAGAUCAGUAAUACUAGUAAUAAAUAAGUUUGUACUUUCAUUAAUAUUGAGGGGCUACUAGUUAUAAAUAUUUUUAAUUGUUAAUCAUAAUUUUAUCAUUAAUAAAGGAAGGAAAGGAAUAUUUUAAUAUUAUUUUACAUACAUAACAUACAUAAACAGUGAUAUUAAAAUAAUGUUAAAUA